CUCCUAUUUGCUUUAAUGUUAUAUUUAACAUUUAUUGGUUCAUAUCUUGUCAAUACACUGUGCUUUGUUAGAAUUCUUAAGAAAAUUGGUCAUAGCCGAGAAUUGUUUGUAUACGGGACAGAGGACUCGACAGUUCCUUAAUUUCAGUCGCGAGGUGCUUCACUUCUUUCCAUAACACAUCAGACAAUAAUGGACAGGUGUCCCAUGUGCGUAUUGGCGAUGGUGCUUGCGCUGUGCAGGGGUAUCUCGUGGGACCAGUGUCCAGUGAGGUGUUCUUGCGAUGGAACAAACGUUAGGUGCGUUGGACAAGGAAUGCGGACGAUACCCCUUUCCCUAACCGACGCUACCGUCUUGAAUUUUUCCAAAAACCUUCUCGCAUCCCUACCCGAAGAUGGAUUUAAAGGCUGUCGGAAUCUAUCGGAACUGGAUUUAUCCGAAAACAAUCUCUCAUCAGUUCACAACGGUGCAUUCAAAGGAGUGCCGAACCUAGAGAAAUUGUAUUUACGCUUGAACAAGCUUUCAUCCAUACAAGACGGUACAUUUUACGGGUUGCAGAACCUUCAGAUGCUGGACCUGAGUUUCAACGGGGUAAGCAACAUUUCUCGGGCGGCGUUCAGUGGCUUGAGUCGACUGCGAUUGCUGCAACUAAAUGGCAACGACCUCGAAAUCAUAGAAGAUGGUGCAUUUGAAGGAAUGCCGAGCCUUGAUGAACUGUAA